AUGCAUCCACCCAUCGUGCAUCUGCGACCGGACUCGACCGCCCGCGCAACGCCAUCCAACAGACAGGCGACUAGGCGCCUUGCGUACGUCGGAACAUGCCCUCAACUGCGGACCCCCGUCCAGGUGACCCGACCUGACUCCCCCGUCAAGUGUCACUCACUACACGGACAGACAGACCGGCAGAGCGAGCGCCAGUCUUGCGGCCGCUCGUCGCAGCGCCAUGCCAGACCAACAUGCAGCGCCAGAAGGCCUCACACGCAGCCUCCGUCGGACCCGUGCAUUGGCUUUGCCCUCGCUGGCCAGCCUUGGCGUCCACCGAGAGCCGGGCCACAUGCGUUGCACGCCGAGCUUCGUCAAUGCGGCGGACCUGUGCCAUUCAUUGCACGCUCCAUUUCGUCCGCCCGAGGAGAAACGCACGCCGGGCCAUCUGCCGCCGCCGAGAGACGUGUAUGCAGGAACCGGAGACAAGGCAUAGGAUAUGCCAUGGGCUGUCAUAUCCAUGCCUGGACGAUAUCCUCCCGACCAGCGUCUCCGCCACGCUUUCCGCAGUCACCUAGCAUGGCAAGGCCGCAGUCCGCAUCCCAGUCCCCGCGAGAUGCGGCAAACCCUCAGAAACCUAUAGCCCUCGUCUCCACGCGCGUCCUUGCCGAGCUGGGUAGGAUCAAGAUCCCCGCGCGUGCUACCGAAACGCAUGAUAGACUUUGA